AAGAGCAUCCAUUUCAUUGGCUUAACUCUAUUGCAAAUGGCCGGCUUGUACACGCCGAAUUGAAACUUCCAAGAAUUGAUAUAUUAGUUGAUACAUAGCCGAAGGAAGAAUGCCUCCUCCACGGAAAUCUUCACCUCGCCGCAGAGAUCGAAGAUCUAGGUCAAGGUCACACUCGCCAAGACGAAGGAGAUCUAGGUCUCGUUCAAGAGACAGAAGAAGGUCAAAGUCACCACAGAGAAGAAGAUCCCCCGAAAGAAAGUAUAGAUCCCCUCCUAGACGAAAGUCACCAUCACCAAGAAAAAGGUCAAGGUCACCUAAAAGGAGGUCAAGGUCUCCAAAAAGAAAGUCAAGGUCGCACAGUCCGAGAAGAAGGUCAAGGUCCCAAAGUCCUAGAAGAAAAGGUCAUUCACCAAGACGAUCACCAUCUCCAGGUGAAAGAAUCCAUCCAGUGAAAAGACCAGCUGACUCUUCAGGGAAGAGAUCGGGUUUCAGGUCCAGGACACCUAGUCCAAGUCCAGUUAAAAGGUCAAGGGAAGAAAGAUUAUAUGAAGAUGAAGUUGUUUACCAGCAAUCGCAACGAUCGUCAAAACAAGCGCGAUCUCCUGUUCAUGAGUCGACAUAUAGCGGAAAAAUGUACGCGGAUCAGCCAUCAUCAUCUAAAAAACCAUUAUUCCCAUCAGGAUCAUCCAAAAGAUCAGCUGAGAUUGACUUUGUAACAAUUGUAGAAAAGGGACCUAAGAGAGAAAAGUUAAACAAACGGUUCGAAACUCACGACCAGGUGGCACAUGGAGGGUUCGAUUUCGAGGAGAACAUUACAAUUGGGAUUCAUCGAGGGCCUCAACAUAUUGAAUUGAAUGAUGACGAUGAUAUUGAAGUGAAUUAUGAUUUUAAUCCAAAGACAUUCAGAAUGCUUUUCCCGAAGAAGGAAAGCUAUGUGAAAGCUAUUUUUGAUCGCGAUGAAAUCAAAGCGUUCCAUCAUGAUGAUAUUCUCGAUGAAGAGGCAUAUGUUGAAAAACGAACAAUUUCAAUUAAACCGGUGGAUAAACCAAAGUCACGAAAAUACAAUGAAGAGUUGGAUUAUAAGAUUACUGUAGGGUCAAGCAGGGAAGGAUAUGGUGAUAGACGUAUGGUGCAAGACUCUGGUUCAAGACCGAGAUCCUCGAGGUCUAGUGCAUAUGAUGAUGUCCCAGUGACAGUAAGACUGGAUCCCAAACCUGAUCCGAGGUAUGAGAAAAUGUACCGAGAUCAACAGAGAUAUGAGGACUUAUCACUUAUGCAGGAGAAGGUGCACCGAAACCCAAACGACCUGAGGUAUAAUCUAAUGAGACGUAAAAGUGACGGGGAUAGAGACGGGGGACGCGAUGGUAGGGAGCGCCAAAGCGGACAGUCUUCAAUGAUGGACGCAAGGAGUCGAAUCGAGGCACGUAGACAAGAAGGUGAUCACUAUGAUAGGAGGGACCGCCGAACUUCCCAUGAUUCACCACCAAGACGUAUAGAGCGCAAGAAAGCUACAGUAAAGACAGACCUGCCAGAUUUCAAGAAUAGACCAGAGAAAUUCAAACCCCCAGAGCCAGAAUGGAAAGUUAACCCCACUGUAACACCUAAAGGACAGAGUUACUUUGAGCAUGACAGUAGAUCGAGAGAUGAUAUGACAUUUUGGGAGAGGAAGCAGAUGUUUAGAAGGACAGGGCGAUACCCUGCUGCUAGAGGGUUCAGGGGUAGAGGUUUCAGGGGAGGUCGAGGUAGAGGCAGUGGUCGGCCGCUUGAUCAAGGUUUUGUAAAAAAGUCAUUUGGAGCAGUUAUGGAUGAGUGGAAACACGACAAGUUUGAUGAGGUUGAAGCCGAGGAGAAAAGCGAUCCUUCCAAAGAGAGCAAAGGUGACAAAAGAGAUAAAAGAAGUGACAGAAAAGAGCCUAAAGAUAACAGAAGUAGCAGAAAGGAUAAAGAUUCAAGCAGCAGAAAGGAUAAAGAAAAAAGCAAAAAGGAUCAAGACAAGGAAAGAGAACAGGAGCAAGUGAUUAUCAGAAGAGAAGAAGAUUCUUUACAACAAGAGUUGAAAGUAGAAGUUACUCUUGGUUGAUACCAACAAAUUAUGACUGAACAGUUAGAUUUAAUGGUUGGCUAUAGGUGGAUAAAAGAAUAGACAGUUUUGCUUCUAUCAGAGGCAUACUUUGGUUAUAAAAUAUAGUGUAUAAGAAGACACUUGUAAAAUUUUCGAAAUUUUGUAAGAAUCUGUAGUUACUAAAAUCAUUGGUGAAAAGGGUUACCAUCUUUAUAUGAUGAAAUAGAUAUAUCUAAUUCAUAGGUCAAUAGGUAACCAUUGGUUAAUCACAAAGAAUGUCUUUCCUUCAAUCUAUGAAUGUGUUCUUGCAUUAUGUAUAAUUUGUAGUAUAGUUAAUUUAUCCGUCAAGUAUUAAAAGUAGGUAAACGGUCUUAAUUAUAUCACCAUGAUCAAUUCACAGCAUUGGUAAGUUACUAAAUUAUUACACAUAAUAUUUAUUAAAUCAUUGAUUAACAGAUAUUAAUAGGCUAGCAUUAACAGAAAAGAAAUAAAUAGAUAUAAAACCAUAGUAUCAUGUGUGUAAGCAACAAAUAGUUUAUUGGCCAUCUGGUAAAGAAGUAACAAUCAGUUACAAAGCUAUCAACCAAGUAGUUGCCACCUGUUAGCUGUAAAAAAAAAAUCAAAGUGCUGCAGCACUGAAUGCGACGGACAUGCAACCGGAGAGACAUUAAGGCUUCUUUUAGAAAAAAAAAACAAAACAAAUACAAAACACAAAAUAUAUAACAGAGAAAAUUUGUUCCAUACAAGUUCGAGAUUUGUAGAGCAAUAUAUUUUGUGUCUUAAAUUGGUAUAAUUCAGAUUUUCUACUUUCAAGCACUUAAAUACAGAAUGAAAUUUAUGCCUAAAAACUCUGGUCAAACUUGUAAAUCAGUGUCCUUAUCGAUUUAUUCUAAGAAAUGAUAUGUAAAUAGAAAAAAAACUAUCAACGAAAUAUUUCUAGAAUAAAUCCAGGCAAAUAAACUUCAAACAUAAUACAUUAUACAUUUGAGAAUGCUAUUUAGAAUUGCUUCGUGUUAUAUCAUAGUGGGCAUACAGACAAUAAAAUUUAAGUCAUUUGUAUUUUUAUUUCUCUUGGAUACAUGGAUAUGUCUCAUUAAAAAAAAUUGGUUAAAAUCAGCAGCAAUUAAUAGUGUAUUUCUUAGAUUUUUUUUAUUUACAAGGUAAAGAUGUAGAGACCAGAGCACAUCGUUUUUAUUUUAAUUUAAAUGUCACUUAAGCACUACAGUGUUUAGUUGUCCUUUUCAACUUCACACUAAAUUCCAUUUUCAACUUGUUUGCUUCUUACAUUUGUAUAGCAUUUCUAAAAGUAUUGCAUUACAAUCCGCUGGUUUAUUAAUUACAUGUUUAAUGUGUACUUCCUGAUCGCCUGUCCAAAAAUCAGAACAGGUGAAGCAGAAUCUAUUUUUAGAAUAGCGAAGGUUAACUCAUAUCAUGACCUAGUAAAAUAUGUAAACAAACCACAAGAAUCGGAAGUAGAACUGAUAUUAAAACUUCCUUACCAUGAAAGACUACAUGGCGGUAAAGUGUCUUACAUGCAUUCUCAAAAAUAGAUAUUUAUACUAGCCAUUGUACUGUAUCUAAUAUAUUAAUAACUGCUGAAUAUUCAGCUAAACCCUCGGUAUGAGUCACGAAAAUAGUUCUUCUUUUAUUAAUGCGCGAGUUAUCCUAGAGUCACGAAAAACUUUUGAUUGGUUAAUAAUAAUGUUUUGUAUAAUGUAGAAAUAUUUAUUUCCUACUAAUAUUGUCUUGGAACUCAGAAGUUACACCUUUAUUGUAGUAUAAUUUGCUGUCCUACUUUUUCGACAGCGGUAAAUCGUUUCAGCAGUAAUUUGCAUAUUGCGCAAUAAUACUACGGGACUACAACGUUUUUAUCAAUAAUAUACGUUCAUAUUUUAACUUGGAUAACUUAAUUUGGAAUUGAAAAGGCUAAAUAUGGAAGACAUUAAGAUAUCCAGACAAAGUAUGGGAGUUUUGAAGGAUCAAAUUCAUGUACUAUUUCUUGGGCUGUUAAUUGGUUUAGGACACAUUGCGCGAGUGUAGCCAACGAAAUCCCAUGUGUAGAUGACUUAGCUCUGAACGCGCCUGAGGGCGCGUCCGUCGCAAAAAUGGUUAUUAAGCCAGCAAUAAAAAAAUUAACCACCAAAGUUAGUUUAGCCAUUGAUUAGCCAUUGCUAAGCAACAAAGAAUAGUCAGUAAUCCAUCGGUCAAGAGAUUAUUAUGGUAAGCAACAAAGAAUGGUUGAUAAGCCAUUGGUCAUGAUGAUGAGUUUAUUAUCGGUUAGCAACAAACAAUAGUUAAUAAUCCAUUGGUCAAGAAUUUAUUAUCAGAACAAAGAAUAGUUAAUAAUCCAUCGGUCAAGAGUUUAUUAUGGGAACAAAGUAUAAUUAAUAAUCCAUCAUUCAAGAGACUAUUAUCAGUUAGCAACAAAGAACAGUUAAUAAUCUAUAGGGCAAGAAGUAAUCACAAAUUUGCUACAAAUAACAUCCACAAUUAUUAUGUCAUCACUUGAGAUGUUGGAAACAAAAAUCAAACAAUAUACAAUGUAUUAAUGAUUGAAUCAUUGGUAUUAGGUAUUCAGAUGAUUGAAGAAGAGAUUGUUAAGUCAUCAACAAAGAUGUUGUUAAAAAUGGCAGUAGAAUCACUUAGGGUUAAUGAGAAAACAAAUGACUUGGACUGACAAAUUAACAUAUGAAACUUUCUGUUGUGACUCUGAAGUUUUGGAGGACAAAGAAUUAUGUAGUUGUUAUGCUUCAAAACUUUUAAUAAUGUAUUUUAGGAUUUGAAUUGAUGGUCACCUUUAACUAUACAGCACGUUCUGAAAUUGUGAAUUUUAGAUUUCAUGUAAUCGUUUUAGGGGUUUUCUUUUGAGGACUAUGGUUUUAAGGACGAAAUUUAAUCUCAAUUAAGAAAUGAAAUUAAUGUUUUAGCUUAAAAAACUUUUUUAAUGUUGUUACAUAAUUAAUUGUAACUCAUGUUACACAAUCCUAAUUCCAACCAUGUUUUAUUUGAACUAUAUGUAUUAAAUGAAAAAUAUGUAUUAAAAUAAAAAUAAAAAUCAGA